UAAGGUGAAGGAGGAUAAACGAGUAAGGACAGAAGGAGUGUGGGAUUUGGGUAGGAUUCUAUUCUGUUUUUUUCUUUCCCAUUCAACCCUCUUUCUUUCAGGAAAAAAGAAAAAGAAAAAGAAAAAAGAAAAAAAGGCCAAUUCAAGAAGGCAGCUGAAAAAAGCUCAAGACCCAUUUCAAAUCUCAUAGUCUACAAUGCAGAGGAUGGAAGAACAAGGUCUAUCUCCUCUGGAAUGCAGUAGUGGCUGUGAAUCAGGUUGGACCAUGUACUUAGACCAGUCCUCUGAAAAACCCACUUCUCUUUUUGAAAAAGAAGCUGUUCUUUCAUGGAAGAAUGACAGAUUUUUAGUUGGGGAAGAGGGAGAGGAUGAGAUGGAUCCAUCCAUGGUUUCUGAUGCUUCGUCUGGCCCACCACAUUUCCUUCAAGAUGAUGAUGAUGAAGAUCAUGAGUUCUGUUUUGAUGGGGAUGGGUGCUUUUGUUCACCUGCAUUGAUUUGUAAGAGUGGCAAAAGGAGGAGGGCUGAAAGAAGAGUGGAGGAAGAAGACCCAUCUUCCUUUCUUGAUGACACAGCUAGCUCUCAUGUGUUCAGCUUCUCCAAUAACUGUUUCAACAUCAAUACCAACCAGAUAUCAUCAAUGGAGGAUGUUUUGGAUUUCUCAAUGGGAUUCUCCACAACCCAUUUCAAUGGAAAAACAGCAUUGCAGAAGCAUUGUGGUUUUUUGGAGACAUCUCUGCCUUUGAAACCAACUUCAAAAGCACAACCAGUUUUCAGGGAAGAAAGCAAGAACAAGAUAUGGUGAUGCUGAGAUGAAAGAAAGCAUUUGUGAGAGAGUCUAGAUCUCCAAGGGAUCUUGGUUUCUCUUUCCUUUUUCUUUUUCUUUUUUUUCUUUUUUUUUUCCU